AUGCCUGAAAGUUCUGGGAACAAGGCGAAAUUCCGAGUCGCAGUAUGUGGUGGUGGUAUCUCGGGUUUGGCCUUGGCUGCGUUCCUCUCCAAGGCAGAGGAUAUCGCAGUGGACGUAUUUGAGGUCAAAUCGGAAGUACGGACGAUCGGCGCGGGAAUUGCGAUCUGGCAAUGCUACUGGGACCUGCUGAAGGAUACUGUCGGACUGGAAGCGAAAUGCAGCGCAAAGGGAAUUCCAGCUCCCAAAGCAGACAAUCCCGCAAAUGUGUACGAGUUCUUUCAAAUGGAUAUCUCACCCAUGGUGGUUCCUCGAACGAUGCUUCUAGAGAGUCUGCUGGAAGAGACCACCGGGGGAUCAUGCUCUAUCCACACAGACAAACGAUUGAUCGGUUACUCAUCUAACGAAGAUGCGACGGUAACGCUUUCCUUUGCCGAUGGAGGCUCUGCAGUGGCGGAUCUGCUUAUCGGCGCAGACGGAGUCCAUUCCCAAGUCCGCGAGACUAUGUUUCGAGAUGUUCCUACCUUGGCCCAGCCGGUUUUCAGUGGGCAGCUGGCGACUCGAUUAAAAUGCCGGGCGGAGGAUCUACCAGCAGAACACCCAGCCCAUUCUCGCUUCUUGAUUUGGUGUGGCGAUGGCAGAUUUGUCACAUCGAAUAUGGUUGGGGAGUUUGUCCAGAUGACCGCGUACGAUCAUGUCCCGGUCCCAUCGAAUGGGAAAUUCUGGGACGACUGGGUCAAGCAGGUAUCAGUCGACACAGUCUCCCAACUUUAUACCGGUUGGGACCCUACACUGCUCAGUCUGCUUCAGGCAUCUAGAGAAGCUUCACAGUGGGCAAUCCACACCGUAGGUCCGCUACCACAAUUUGUCUCUGGCAAUGUGGCUCUUGUGGGCGAUGCAGCGCACGCAAUGACACCACAUAUUGGACUGGGAGGUGGACAGGGCAUUCAUGAUGCGUUUGUUCUUUCGCACAUUUUGACUAAACCUUCCAUCGAUCGCUCGACUCUGACCACUGCGCUCAGUGUCUAUGAUAGAGUCCGACGCCCGGCGUCACAACGGAUUGCUCAAUGGUCACUGGAAUGUGGUUUGAUGUACGGCUUUUUAUUGCCCAAGAAGCGAGAACAACCACCAGCCAGUUUAGCCAAAGAGUUCUAUAUGCGCACCGACUGGCUGAGAAACAAAAAUGUUUUAGAUAGCGAGCUGGAAUUGGUUCAAAAUGAGUUGAAGAAGGCACUGCAAGCACAAGAUGAAUGUAGUUAG